UUUUCAGGAGUUGGUGACCGUCAAGGGUGAGGAGCUAGACUUGGCCCAUGAGGAGGUGGAGGAGUUGAACUCUGCCGAGAGGCACAUGGGCAUGAAGAUGGUGGUGAACAGUUGUGGGAGCCUGGUGUUCUGGGAUUCUGAAACGACCCUUGAAGCGAAUGAGUCCCUGUCAAAGUUGGAGGGUUAUGAAAUAUCACCUGAGCGGGAUCUAAUCAUCGAAAGGCUGAAAACCGAUGAUUUCUGGGACUCCAGGCUGAUCGAAACAUGGGCGUGCGAGGGCACGUUGGAACGGCAGCAGGUAACUCAGGCCAGAGACUUAAGGUACGUCAGAAGCAAGUACACCAGAGGCCCGAUGGACAGUCCUCCCGAAGCCGGGGAGGGCUCUGCGCCCCCGCGACGGCGGCGGAAGGCCGAGUCGGUGCGGAAGCCUUGGCAGUGCCGCGAAUGCGGCCGCAGCUUCCGCUACUACUCGGCUCUGGUCCCGCACCUGCGGCUGCACUCGGGGGAGAAGCCGUUCGCGUGUCCCGGCUGCGGGAAGGCCUUCGGCCGCAGCUCGACGCUCCGGCAGCAUCAGCGGACCCACGCGGGGGGCGCGGCACCCUCACACCGCCGGGGCCACCCCCGGGAGCGGCCACACCUGUGCCAGGAGUGCGGGAAGGCGUUUUGCGGUGCCCCGGCGCUCAGCAGGCACCAGCGAGUCCAUGCCCGGGACAGACGAUGCGGCUGCCGGGAAGGCGGGGACGCCACCGCUGUGGUCCUCGUCGGGGCCCCGCACCGCCAGACCCACGCCCCUGGGAAUACGCCCACUGCGUGCCACCCAGGUGGGGCCCUGGCACGGCCCCCAGGGACCCGCAGCGGGGAGAAACCGUACCAGUGCGGGGACUGUGGAAAGGCCUUCGGGGACCGCUCUGCCCUGGUCAGGCACCAGAGGGUCCACACGGGAGAGAAGCCGUACCGGUGCCGGGAGUGCGACAAGGCCUUCAGCCAGAGCUCCUCCCUCACCAAGCACCUGCGGACGCACACCGGGGAGAAGCCCUACGCCUGUAAGGUCUGCGGCAAAGCCUUCAGCCAGAGCUCAUCUCUCAUCCAGCACCAGAAGACCCACGCCGGAGGGAAGGCCUGCAAGUGCGACAAACGCCAGAGAAGUCUCGGGGUGCGAGCGGCGCUUUAUCAGCACAAAGAAAUCCUCAGUGGCUAG